AUGACCGGCUCCGCGGCUGACACUCGCCGCUGCCCCCACCCCAAAGGCGCCAAAGGCACCCGGUCCCGCAGCAGCCACGCGCGGCCCGUGAGCCUCGCCACCAGCGGGGGCUCCGAGGAGGAGGACAAAGACGGCGGGGUGCUCUUUCACGUGAACAAGAGCGGCUUCCCCAUCGACAGCCACACCUGGGAGCGCAUGUGGAUGCACGUGGCCAAGGUGCACCCCAAAGGGGGAGAAAUGGUGGGCGCCAUCAGGAACGCCGCCUUCUUGGCAAAGCCUUCAAUACCCCAGGUUCCAAACUACAGGCUGUCGAUGACGAUCCCAGACUGGCUCCAGGCAAUUCAGAACUACAUGAAGACACUACAAUACAAUCAUACAGGGACGCAGUUCUUUGAAAUUAGAAAAAUGAGGCCACUGAGUGGGUUAAUGGAAACGGCGAAAGAAAUGACUCGAGAGUCCUUGCCUAUUAAAUGCCUUGAAGCUGUCAUCCUGGGCAUGUAUCCUUUAAGUUAUUUCUCCGUCCCAUCCCUUUGUCCCACCCCGUCUUUUAUCCCUAGGCCUGCUCUGCCUGAGAAGAAAGUGGCUGACCUCAGCACUCUGAACGAAGUGGGCUAUCAGAUUCGGAUUUAGGCAAGCCAUACCAGCCGGCCAGAGGGCUUCUGUGGUGCUUCUCUCUGCACUUUACCCAGCAUCUUCAGGAGGAACUGCAACUAUUUAUGAAGAACCUGUGGAUUUUAUUUUUAAGGAUUCACUUGGAAAUAGAAUCUGAGUGAGUGGUAACAACGUAAAAACAAUUCACAAAGGGGCAACCAUGAAAAGGCUAAAGUUAUAAACCCCACUGGGGUUGGACUGUCUCCCUCACUCCUGAUGGAAAGGAUAUUACUGCCACUGUAGUUCUCUAUUUUUCCAUUUACCCCCAUUCUUUUACUUGCUUUCACCAUUAUCCCUCACCAAGUAAAUGUUUCUGAAACCCUCCCUCCCACUUUUGAUAUAGUAAGGUAACUCGAUCAGUAUUAAUGUUUUUUGCAGCAAUAACAGAGGCAAAGAUUGGUGGGUGUUUUUUUAAGCCGUCAAUAUUACCUCAGCAUUUUGACAUCAGAUAUGCAAGCUUAAUGGUGUUUUGUGUUUUAUAUAUUCUAUUUGUAUGGGUUCCCCAAUAUUUCCCAUGGGGACCGCCACAAAGUUUGGAAUUCUUUCCUGGUGCAUACAUGUGAUGAGAUUUAAGGUAUUAUAUGCAGGUGUUUUGCUAAAAAGCACUGAAAUUCUCUGGCAAUACGGGAAACCAUUUUUAGGAUCUUGGAGUCACUUCUUUCUUAAAGCAUUCACUGACAGCAGCUUUUGUUCUUUCAAAACAAAACAAAAACAGCACAGUGAGAGCUAGUCUAUGUUCUGUCACUAACAUUUAAACUUUGCAGCCUCUACAAAAGUAGAAGGGAUCACGCAGUACUGGGAAAAUUUAGCAGUAUGGCAAUUACCUCCAAUAACAAAACUCAGAAAGGCAAAGAAGCCAGGCAUGAAACAGCAGGUCUUCAGAAACAGAUCAUCUUUCUGCUCACAUUUCAUCUGAUCCUUAAAUUCUGAGCUGGGCCUUGAUUCUGAAGGACUCACUGUUGUGAGAGACGUGUUCUGAUGUCUUAUAUUAAGACCAAAUGGGGUGCGAAGGGAUUAUUUUCCAGUACCUCGCUUUUCAGUAUGACCUCAUGACAUUUAGGAACUGGUAUUGGGAAAAUGCAAUGAAUUAGAGAAGCACGGGACCUUUUUGUAAAUGGAAAAGUCUUCAGGUCCCAUGUUACACCGGAAAGCGUGACUUGGUCCAUGAAGCACAGUAUGACUAUCUGGCCUGCACAUGGUAGUUACAGUGACUUCCGGCUGCAGAUCAUACAGCAUAACUCCAACAGCAUCCCAGGUCUGUAUGUUAUCAAUAGCAGCUUCUCUUUCAUUUGUUUUAUCUUAGUAACCACGCCAACUCCUGAGACCAAAAGGCAGAGUUAAGUGAAGUCCGCUAGUCAGCAAAAGUGUUAGUUCAGUCUCAGGGCUUCCCUCUGGCUUUGAUGAGGUGGUUUUAGGAAGGGUUAAAAAAAGAUGAGAAUCUGCUCAUUCAGAUUCUUUACCUCUUAGGGUGACAUGGAGAGCAAAAGGACUUCAUUCUCUAGCCAUCUGCACAUGAACUUGUUACCCUCAAAGUCACUGUUAUGACUGGAAAGUAUUGUUUUCUAGGAAAAGAAGUCUAAUGUCUUUACAUAAACAGGAGCAAGUAGGUAUACAUCUCAAUUAAAAUAAAAUAUAGCAUUAAGUUAACAAUUCUGAACUUAAUUGCUUCAAGGAUAUAUUAUCAGUCAGCAGAAUUUAAAAUGAGUUAUCUUUGUAUAUCUUCCCAAGGCAAACCCAUUUGCAGCCCAUGGCCACGUGCAUUUAGAGUACUCAGUAAAUCAUUUCAUUCUCAUGCCGAAAACGAUACUAUCAAUCUGAAAUUUUAUUAUAUAUAAGAAGACUACUUAUAACAUUGCAAUCGUUCUAAGAGCUUGGAAUAGGAUUUUCUAAGCAUUACCUAAGUACUGUCCCAACUAAAAUACAAAAAGUCCAUAGCUACACAGCCUCUUGUUUCCUACAAAAAAGAGGAAAGUAGGGAUAUAAACUGUUUCUAUUAUGCUGAUGGAUAAACCUUAAAACUGCCAAUUGACUUGAUGAUUCAAUUUCUUCCAUACUAACUUCUUGAUUUUAAUCAUUUCCUCAAAGCAAGAGUUAGUCACAGAAACAUGAAAAUUCAUGGAAGAUGUUUUAGUUGUCAUUCUAUUUUUAAUGCCUAUGGAAUGUUAAUUUCUAAAAGAUGUGAGAAAGAAACCAAACUUGUAAAGUCUAAUGCUGUAAUUUAAUAUUAAGUCAAAACGAACAAAAAAUCAUGAUAUGACUUACCUCCCCAAAAUUGAUUUUGAAACCGGCUACAAUUUAAAAAGAUAAAAAAUGAAACGGAGAUGAUUUGAAAUCUAGUUUUGAAAAAGUUAUUUAUGUAAGAGAAUUUUUAUGCUUAAGCCACUGUGGCAAUAAAUGCAAAGUUUAAAUGAAUGACAGGAAUCUUGAUUUUAGACUCCAUGUUGUGCUGUUUUGAGUACACUUUAUUUCAAAAAGUGAUAUUUAGUAUUUUCUAUACACUCUGAAAUCAUGAACAUUUCACUUUUUCUAAGUCAAUUAUUUCAUAAGGAUUUUAUUAAUAGAUAUUGGUAAAUAGAACUUUGGAAAUCUUAAUUCAGUAUUCUUACUAUACCCAAGGCUUUUGUAACCUAGUUUUAUGUACAACCUUGUACAGUUUUUUUGACAUACAAUUCAGAAUCUUGUUUAUUCUCUUGGACUUUGUUCUGGCCAAUACAUUUUUUUUAAAUCUUUAAGGAAAACUGUGAUUGUUUUAGUGGGUAUUUUUCUAAGUAAAUGACAACUUGUACAAUGUAUUUUAGAGAAUGCCAGAUAGUGCAUGUUUCAAGUUCAUGUUUUUCUCAUCACUUAUAUGUUUAUACAGCAUGAGACUUUAAUAAAACCAUCCUGGAAACUUAA